AGUUUAUGUUAUAUUGUUAUCAAAGCUGGUGUCAUUUUUAAAUUAUUUACUAGUUUCAAAAUUUGCUUUAUUGUAAAUGUUAUUCGAAUCGAUAUAUUAAGCAAAGUGAACAUGAAUAAUCAUGUAAUCAAUGAUCCGCUGGCUGUGAUUUAUAAUGAAGGACAGUGGCGAAUUAAUAGGGUGUCGCCAAUGCAUGACUUACAAUACAGUGAAAUUAAACUCAAACAAUAUGCUUCGAAGAUACGUCAAGCACUGGUCAGUACUAUUAAUAGCAGCUCAAAUUUGAAGUAUUGUGUACUCAUAGAAAAUUUGCCUUUAUUGAAAUACUCGGAAGAAGACUCAAAUGGCUUGAUGAUUACAGUUACAUCAAGUUCACAAGAAAACAGUAAUGUUAAGAGUAAAAUUGUUUACGCAGCAAUUUUCCUGUCUUGGGGUGUCAGUAUUACAGUAGACAAUGGUACACACCUUCCUUACAUGCUUGAGCGUGGGGAGCAAAAAGUGGGAACGGCUGUUAAAAACUCACUACAAACUAUAUUUGACUGUAACAUAAAACAGUAUAAUUUUACACAGCAUCAGCUGCUAGAGUUUGGUUUCAAUUUUGUUGAGAAUGACACAUCACGAAGUACAGAUCCCUUUGUUUUAAGUUAUAAAACACCACAAGUAAAUUUUAAAGACAAACUUACACUAUCAUUUGAAGUUGGCGAUGUACAUACUAUAUGGAAUGGUGUAAAAGAUGAAGUAAACAGAGAAUCAGAAUCAGUAAAAUUGACAUACCAAAUCUUACAAAAUCAAAUAUAUCAUAUGAUCACUCUAGAUAUAACUGUGUUUGAUCUCUGUGAAGUUUUAUUGCCAAAAGCAGAAGUAAAAAGCAAUGGUGUUGUGAAAAUGAAGACUCCGGAAAUUGUUAAUUCUGUCUUUACUGUCCUAAAUGAUAUCUCUUCAUCUUUACAAGCAGACCUUAAUGUAUAGUUGUUUUCAUAUAAUAAUCCAUAUAAAUAAAAAUGAAUGUUGCUAA